AUGUCCGGUUAUAUUGGCUCAGGGUAAGAAAAUGUUACGCUUUUAUUCGAUUUUACCUCAAAACGCCAAAAAAAUUUUUUUGACAUCAAAUUUUAAUGCGAUUUUCUUUUCAGCCCGUCUUCUAAAUCGCUAGCCGAUGAGUUGGACUUCGCUGUAGAUGAAGUUCGACCCUUUGUCAGCGAGUUUGAGAAGUCUACGAAGCUUGAACAAGGUCCAGAGCUGUUUUAUGCCAAUCUCAUCACUAAAGAAGGUAAAUAAUUUUUUUGGCGUGAUGACUUUUCGGGUCAGCGACAGUUCGGGUCAACGAUUCUAUGAAUCGUGUCGGUUCGUUGUUGUAUGCAUGGGAGAGGCUAGGAGAAGGCUUAGUUCGUAGAAAUAAUAAGAUUGACCGGGUCCUGGGAUAGCUUAUCACCUAUUUUUAGGUAUUUUACAUGUAUAUCAAGACGAAAGUUACGGAUCUUCAUUUUUUGCCGCAAAUUUUGGAGAAAAAGAAAGUUAACACUAGUAAUAGCUAAUCUUAGAAAAAGUGGACAUAUUUCAGGUCUUCGCCAAGUCUCCGCCGACCAUCCACCGGCUUUGCCAGACCUCGUAGGCACUUCCUGCAACCUUUUUUUGGGUAUCCACCUGCCCUACGCCAUGCAGUGGGGGACCUGACCCAGUGGCAAAAAACGUAACAUUUUAUAUCCGGGAAGCAUCAAAAAUGUGGCAAAAUGCUCCCCUCUCCAAGUGAAAAAACUUCCUUUUUUAAGAACGCGCCCUUUUUUCCACACAAAAAUAGCGGACGGGCUUUUGAAAUCUGAGUUUUUUCACUUGGAGAAGGAGGUGUUUUGCCACAUUUUUGGUAAUUCCCGGAUGCGAAAUGGUACGUUUUUUGCCACUGGAUCAGGUCCCCCACUGUAGGCGUAGGGCAGGUGGACACCCAAAAAAAAGGUCGUAGAAAGUUCGUACGAGGCCUGGAAAAGCAGUUGGAUGGUCGGUGGACGCUUGGCGGAGACUUGAAAUAUGUCGACCCGAAAAGUCGGGACGCGUUUUUUCACCUUGAACUUGCCUUUAAACCAUUCUAAACCCCAUUUCCAGGCAAAACCGCGACCAUCGAGCUGAGUGUGCGCGGCUGGAGAAUCUGCUCGACCAACCAUAACGAGCCCUCGGGGGAGAUUGGCGACUUCCCCAAGGACACCUACGAAACGCUUUCCGCUUUGUUGACAACGAUCUCAGACGGAUACAAGGAGGCAUUCGCCGGAUCUCUCGUCCAACGACUCGAAGAAUUGAGCAGGGAAGAGGACAAAGAAGGCCAGCAAUGA